GCAAGACAGCAAACCCGGAAGGCGGAAGAGCCGGUUGGGGCCGCCGGGUCGGGGGCGGAGAGCGUGUGAACCAAUGACCUGAAGGAAUUUGGGAGGGCGGGAUUAGGCCCGCUGUUAUUUAACGAUACCCUGGUGGGAGGUGAUUUAAGAAAUGGGGUGAAGGGUGCUUCAACGGCUCUUCGCGUCACCAUCCUUCUGGCCCGCGGAAGUUAAGGAGCACAGAGGCGGGCCUAGCGCCGGAAGCAGGAAGGAGGGCGCAGGAAGCAGGGCCCCGUAGCCAGUCGCGCUGUCGGUCCGUGGGUCUGUCGGUUUUGAGGGUAGGAUGGAGAAGCUGCGGCUCCUGGGCCUCCGCUACCAGGAGUACGUGACUCGUCACCCGGCUGCCACGGCCCAGCUGGAGACGGCAGUGCGCGGCCUCAGUUACCUGCUGGCAGGUCGUUUCGCCGAUUCGCACGAGCUGUCAGAGCUGGUGUACUCUGCCUCUAACCUGCUGGUGCUGCUCAAUGACGGAAUCCUACGCAAGGAACUUCGGAAAAAAUUACCCGUGUCCCUGUCCCACCAGAAGCUGCUGACAUGGCUGAGCGUGCUGGAGUGUGUGGAGGUGUUCAUGGAGAUGGGGGCCACCAAGGUGUGGGGUGAAGUAGGACGUUGGCUCGUCAUCGCCCUCAUCCAGCUGGCCAAGGCUGUACUUCGGAUGUUCCUGCUGAUCUGGUUCAAGGCUGGCCUCCAGACCUCACCCCCCAUUGUUCCACUGGACAGGGAGACCCAGGCACAGUCCCAGGAUGGUGACCACAGCGCUGGCAGCCAGGAGCAGUCAUAUGUGGGGAAGCGGUCAAACCGGGUAGUGCGAACCCUCCAGAAUACUCCGUCCCUGCACUCGAGGCACUGGGGGGCCCCACAGCAGCACGAGGAGCUGGGUGUCACCCCCACCCCGCUGGGGCUGCAGGAGACCAUCGCCGAGUCCUUGUAUAUCGCCCGGCCCCUGCUGCACUCCGGCAGUGCUCAGCCUGGGCCUCUGGGGUCAGCGGUCGUGGACACCCUGGCUCCUGUCUGGUGUCAUGGACGUGACCAGCCUGAGCCUCCUGAGCGACAGGAAGGGCCUGACCCGGAGGGAGCGGCUGGAGCUGCGGCGCCGGACCACCCUGCUGCUCUACUACCUGCUGCGCUCCCCGUUCUACGACCGCUUCUCCGAGGCCAAGAUCCUCUUUCUACUCCAGCUCCUGGCAGACCACAUCCCAGGCAUUGGUCUGGUCACAAGGCCGCUCAUGGAUUACUUGCCCAACUGGCAGAAAAUUUAUUUCUACAGUUGGGGCUGAUGGACAUUCCGCAAGUGGGGUGUGGGGAGGGGCAGGGGGUGCCUCAGCCCUUCACGUCCCCUGGGCCCCUCUGCCCUAAUAAACCUGACUCUGGCAGCGUCCACGCCUGUGACUGCUCCAUGCCCACCGCCCGGAGCGCGCCCGGCUCUCACACCCUGGCUGGGCUCCACACACAGCCCUGGUCUCCACUAGAGCUCCCCUAAUUCCCUCUCGACUCCGCAUCCUGAGCACACGUCGCACCUCGUUACUGGCCAGGAAGCCCCUGCUAGGACUGGGGCGCGGGCUUCUCCAGCCUGGAAAGCUGGAGUCCCACCUCACGAGCAUGGGAAGCUGUUUGCCGCAGCAGCUGCGAGAGUAAAUGCCGCUUGUCUCGUCGGUCCCUGUUGACGACCAGCAAGGCUGAACCCAGACAGUAGAUGCCAGCUGCCCCUGUGUCUUCCGACCCACGCCCUGCCGGAGCCUGACGCCUGGCAGCCGCUCCGUGGUGGAGCCUGGUGCUGGUGGGCCUGCCCCAGUGCAGAGGGGCCCCUCAAGCCCUGACCUCUGCUCGAGGGCAGAAGGCCUUUCUCCUGUGGGAAGGGAACGUUGGGCCCCAGCCAGCGCUGCGGCUGACCCUGGGCAGCAGUAAGGUUGCCAGGGCUGGGAGCGGCCGGGUGUGGGUUCACGGGGCACGAGCCGGUGUCUCCCCCGUGGUCUUCCUGGAGGCACCGUGCAGGGAUUGGGGCUCGGCGGCUGCAGUCUUUCUGCUCGGCCUCCCCCUUCCCUCUGUCUCUGCUGCCUCCGUGCUGUGAGCAGACCACAUGCUCCGGCUGGAGCUUCUAGCCGGUCGGGCAGCCCCUCAGGUUCUGAGAGCACUCCAUCAGCUGUCAGCGGUACCUCUGCUGCUCCCAGACACCCUGGGAUGGGCCGGCUGUCCCUGACUGCUUUCCCCACGUGCCUCUGAGCAGCCCCGUCCUGGUUCCGGGCCAGGGGGUGGAGGCCCUGAGUGGUCACCACGCGAGACCCGCUGCCUUGGGUCGUCUGAACCAGCAUGGCUGGGCAUCUGUUAGGGAGUGUGCUCUGGGCCCCGUGCUGUGCGUGGAAGUGAGUCAGGCCCGGCUCGCUGCCCUCACUCAACAGUGGAGGAGACAGGUGUGUGGAUGCCUCCGUGCGCCGGGCCGCUGCAGUAGGUGGAAGUGUGUGUGGGUCGUGGCCAGACUGCCUGCCUGUCCGCACCAGCCGGAGGGCGCCCUGCUCAGGGAGCCCUCCGCUCAAGCCGGCUUCCAAACUGCUGAGACUUCAUCUGUUCUCAGCAGGCAGACAGAGGAGGUGGAGGCUGUGUGCGCAAACACAGCACAGGUAGUUGCUGCAGUGGUGUGACGCCCCCGCUG